CCGGACCCCUGACAGCAGCAGCGAAGCUUCCUGGAUGCGGUUGCCAUGGAGAGAGCGUGGCGACAGCAGGGGAGGGGGCGCGGCCGCAGCCAGCAGGAGGCUCCAGGUGAAAGGUCACAACCCCCACCAGGAGGACGAGGAGGUGCAGGACGAGGAGGAGGAGGAGGAGGAGGAGGGAAGAUGAAGGCCGUCGCCGUGACUACCGAGCCUGAACACGCUGUGUCUGUCCAAUCAAAGUUCGAGGAGAUCAGGAAGUCCAACCAGGCUGCUGCUCAGCGAUUGGUGGAGAGCCGCUUCAGCUCCUCCUCCGAUGAUGAUGAUGAUGAUGAAGAAGAUGUAGGUGAUGAACGAAAGGAUGGAAAGAGAGGAAAGAUCCUGGAGUCGACCUUCACCACCUACACCAGCCAGACGGGUGGUGAUGUCAGCGGUCUGGUGAGAACCAAUCAGUACGUCAGUGAUCUGUUUCAGUCUGGAGCUCUCACCUGUCUGAUCUGCAUCGCUUCAGUCAAGAGGACGCAGCCGGUGUGGAGUUGUUCCAGCUGUUUCUCUCUCUUCCACCUGCCGUGCAUCCAGAAAUGGGCGAGAGACUCUGCCUUCCUCGUGUCCUCCAUCACUGAUGAAGACUUCGGUCAGAAGCAGCAUCCGUGGCCUUGUCCAAAGUGUCGAGCUGAGUAUCCGCCCAGCGCUACGCCCAACAGGUACACGUGUUACUGUGGGAAGCUGCAGGAUCCUCCAGCUGAUCCCUGGUUGGUUCCUCACUCGUGUGGCUCCGUCUGUCAGAAGGAGAUCAAACCCAGCUGUGGACACACCUGUCUGCUGCUCUGUCACCCCGGUCCCUGUCCUCCGUGUCCGAAGAUGGUUUCAGUUUCCUGUUUGUGUAGCAAAGCGAAGCCCCUCCCCCGUCGCUGUAGCAACAAGACCUGGAGCUGCCAGAAGCUCUGUGGGAAGAUAUUACCCUGCAGACAACACACCUGUUCACUGCCCUGUCAUACAGAGUGCACUCCGUGUCCCAGAUUCAGUGUUCAGAGGUGUGUGUGUGGUAGAGAGGAGGCAGAGCGACCGUGCAGCAGCCCUCAGUGGAACUGUGAGCAGGUGUGCGGCGCUCUGCUCUCCUGUGGGAAUCACACCUGUGAGGUUUCAUGUCAUAAAGGAGUUUGUCCUCCAUGUCCUCGAUCUGUCAGCAGGACCUGUCCCUGUGGAAAGACCAAGUCGUCUCUGCCGUGUACAGAGGAAGUGUUUCCGUGUGGAGACACAUGUGACCGUCAUCUGUCCUGCGGUAAACACACCUGUUCAAUGAGAUGUCACCGAGGCAACUGUGAGACCUGCAGACAGGAAGUGGAGAAGGAGUGCCGCUGUGGUAAAUACAGGAAGUUGAUGUCGUGUCAUAAAGAAUAUUUGUGUGACUCCAAAUGUCCAAAAAACAGAAGCUGCCAGAGACACCAGUGCAGGAGGAAGUGUUGCCCCGGUAACUGCCCGCCCUGCGACCAGAGCUGCGGACGGACCCUCGGGUGUCGCAACCACAAGUGUCCAAGUGUCUGUCACCAAGGGAGUUGUUACCCGUGUCCGGAGGCGGUGGAUGUCAGGUGUACGUGUGGUUCCACCUUCCUGAGCGUCCCGUGUGGACGAGAGAGGAGCACCAAGCCGCCUCGCUGCAAAGAGCCCUGCAGGUCUCCUCCGUCCUGCCACCAUCCGACCAGAGAGAGUCACCGCUGCCACCCUGGAACCUGCCCCCCCUGCAGGCAGACCUGCCUGCUGCAGCUGCCCAAGUGCAGCCACACCUGUCCACAGCCCUGCCACGACAUGGUGCUGGUCAAAUCCCAACCGGUGCGGUUAGCGGGUCCAUGGGAGCAGCCGUCUGAACCAGCGUUUGUGAAGAAAGCUUUGCCCUGUGCGCCGUGUCAAGUACCGAUCCGCACGUCCUGCUUUGGAGAACAUGAGGUGAGUCCGGUGCCGUGUCAUCGCCGUGGGAGGUUCUCCUGUAAGCGGCCGUGCGGGCGACCUUUGACCUGCGGCAACCACAGCUGCAGAAGGGAGUGUCACCUGGUUACCGACGGCAACAAGCAGUGUGAGGUGUGUGACGAAGGCUGCUGUAAGCCCCGCCCCCCCGGCUGCCCCCACACCUGCUCCCUCCGCUGUCACCCCGGCAACUGCCCCCCCUGCAGCCAGAUGAUCCGCCAACGCUGCCACUGCAAGAUAAGCAUGCUCUACGUGGAGUGCACGAAGAUGACAGCAGCUGAUAAACAGACGAAGCUGGAGCUGGGAUCCUGCCACAACCAGUGUCCUAAAGAGCUGAGCUGUGGUCACCGCUGUAAGCAGGUGUGUCAUCCAGGUGUGUGUGAGGAGAAAUGUCAGCAGAAGGUGAAACUUCGAUGUCCCUGCAAGAGGAUCAAGAAGGAGUUCUCGUGCUCUCUGGCGCCUGAGUGUGGCGUUCAGUGUGACAGCGCCUGCAAAGACCAGCAGAAGAAAGUCAGCCAGUUAAAGGAGGCGGAGAACAAAGCAGCUCAGGAGGAGGAGCAGAAGAGGCUUCAGGAGGAGCUCGAGGCGUUCGAGAAGCGUCAGCAGCGAGGAGGAAGGAGGAACAAGAAGCGAGGGAGGAGGGAGGAGGUGGACGACGAACAGGGGAGGAGGGGGAGGUGGUGGAGGAGGUGCGCCGCCUUUGUGCUCGUCCCGCUGGGAGGAGCGCUGCUGUCUGCCGCCGCCUACUACGUCCUGAGCCCGCCAUGACAUCAUGACUCUAUGACAUCAUGACGCUAUGACAUCAUGACACCGUGACACUAUGAACCAGCUGCUGACUCAUCGUCUUAAUGAACCUCGUCUCUUUAUUUUACACGUUUAUCUUCAGAGUGAAAGAUUUCAGACGGAUGUUUAAGAGCUGUUGGUUCCUCACAUCUGUAACUACGACAAAUGCUGUUUUCAGUAUCGAUCGUUAUCAUUAUGUUCUUAAAUUUAAUCGAUUAGUCGUUUGAUCUUCAGGUUCAGUUUUCUGUCACAGAGACUAAAACAUAUUCACAUUUAAGAAGCUGAAUCAGAGAAUUUUUACUUUUUUGUCCCUAAAAAUGACUCAAAGUGAUAAAUAGAUUUUUAAUUCAUUUAAUAUUUUGGCAACGAAACGGUUGAAAAGAAAUCUGAUCCAGGAAGUCGAGUUUGAGUCAGAGAUUAAAAGUUUAAUUGACACCAAAACAUUUUAAUCUCUUUUUUUCUUCUUUUUUUACAAAAUACUUGAAACUUUACGUGUUUUUAGGCCUUUUUUUUCUUGUUUCUCUGCAUCUGAGAAAUGGAGCCUGAAGAAAAGAGCAUUUUUCUUUUUUUAUUAAUAAUUAUGUGACUCAAAUUUCACUUCAUUAUGAUUUUAGCUUGAAUUUAAUUUCAGUUUUUGUUGUUCAGACGGGAAGAAAUUCACGUAAAACGGGAUAUUUCAGAUUGAUGUGGCUCAGUUUAAACGGUGUUAACGUUAGCCAAAGUGUAGCCCCGCCCACUGCUGACUGAGCACUGUCCCUUUAAAUAAAAAGACUUCUUGUAGCGACGAACACUGAGACGACAGCUACGUCUGACGCUGUUAAAUGUGUACACAAAAUACCUGCUCAUCUAUUUCACCUUCAGUAUUCUUCACGUUUUUAUGUUUGAUGAGCUGAAAACCUGUAAAGAAAAAGUUCAAGAGUUGAUGUUCAGAUUUAUACCAACCAGCAGCCGGUUAGUUUUUAUGCUAAGCUAACUAAGCUAAGCUAACUGGCUAGCGUUAUUAAUCUGAACGUUCAACUUUCUCUUUAAGACAAGCAGUUUAAUUUUCCUUUUUUUCCUUCAGUAAAAUAAAGAAAGAAUUGGUUGAAUUAUUGAUGAAUG